AAGAAUGGGCCUUUUUCAUGGGUGCCUUGUGCGCAUGCGCACCGGAAGUGCUCUGACAGCGACACUAGCGGCGAGCGCCCGAAACAUUUUUGGUGACAUCCGGCAAAGAACCGAUGUGCUGCCGUAGGCUGCAAUAAUGCCAGCGGAAAGCCUCCAAAUGUGCGAUUUUUUAGAUUUCCUGCCGCGACACUUCAGGCAACGAGACGAAAGAAAUGGGUGCAAGCAAUACAUCGCGUCAACGCCGACGGAUCGCCGUGGGAACCGACAGCGAACUCCCGCGUCUGCAGCAAUCACUUCGUAACAGGAGCGCCCUCCCGCUUUAUGCCCCACCCGGACUACGUACCAUCGGUUUUCAAGCACACGCCAAUGAGAUGCCCUGUGUCAAUCGCUCGCUUUGACAGAGUGAAGAAACGGCAAGCUUCAAGACUGGCAAAUGCAAGUGGCCAAGCCAGCAGCGGUGCAACCACAUCAGCUGUUGGACAGAGGACUCCACCGAGUAUAGCAGCAGGCCAAAAUAGGACACCACAAGAUUGUCAACCAGUUGCCGGGGCAUCUACUCCACCUCUUGGUCAAGGAACACCAUUAAGCAGAGCAGCAAGUGCAAUGUCAUUAGGCUCUACGACCUGUGAAGAUGGUGCAGUAUUGCAUAGUGUACCAGCUGAACACGAAAAGAGCUGCCAGACGGAUAAUUUCUCUCUAGAGCGUAUUAUGCUGCUUGAAAGCCAAUUAAGUGCAGAAAGAAAGAAGGUGCAAAAGCUAGAAGUACAGCUAAAAGCUGCUGAGGAACAGACAAUACAGUGGAAAGCACAUUACUACGAGCUGAAGGCUACAACACUGUGCCUCGAUAACAUGCAAGGUACUGAGCAUAUGUUGUAUUACACAGGAUUGCCUUCUGUGCAAGUGUUUUACGAUAUACUAAAUUUAGUUUUGAACAAUAACCCUCGGUUUGCAAUAGACAUAAAGAGCAGGUCACUCACUGCUGCCGAGCAGAUGUAUGCAGUACUGGUUCGCUUAAGGACAGGUAUGGCCACACGAGAGAUUGCUCGCAAUUUUUUAAUUUCAAUGCCCUCAUUCAGUCGUAUAUUUUCAGAAUGGGUACUUAUAUUGCAGAAGGUUCUCACUGAAAUAACCAGCUUCCCCACACUUCCUGAAGUACAACAGCACAUGCCACUUCAUUUUAGACGGUACCCAAACACACGUAUAAUACUUGACACAACAGAAAUUCGUAUACAAAAGCCCUCAAGCUUAACUGCCCAAAGACGAACUUUCUCCCACUACAAGUUCGCAAACACAAUGAAAUGUGUUGUAGGUGCAACACCUGACUGCUAUGUUAGCUUUGUGUCGCCAUUAUAUGGGGGAAGUACCAGUGACAGAGCUAUUGUGCAACAGUCUGGAGUACUUGAUCUAUUCGAAUCAGGAGAUGGCAUCAUGGUUGACAAGGGAUUCAAGGUAGAUGACCUUCUGCCACGUGGUGUUGUCCUUCAUAUGCCUCCAUUUCGUAUUCCUGGAGAAGCGCAGAUGAGUGCCAAGGAUGUUGAAGCCACAAAGCAUGUUGCAAGUGCACGGGUGCACAUUGAAAGGGUCAUAAGAAGAAUCAAGGAGUUCCAUUUAUUGGACAGACCCUUACCUAUAAACAUGUUAGACAUAGCAGAUGCAAUUUUCACAACAUGUGCAUUUCUCUCAAACUUUAGGCGACCACUAAUAAAUAAUGGGAAGGAAGUGGAGACAGACACCAUGUAAUAGAACACGAAAGCAUGCGGUAUAUUUAUUCGGAGCACCUAAAAGGUGUCAUCAUGCACUAAAGUUUUAUGAUGCAAAGGAACGCACUAUGUGUGUGUCAGCCUUCUGAUAGUCAUCUUCAGAUGGUCCUCAUCACAAUGGUCAACUAGAUAAAACCCCACAGCAUACUUUUUGAAGGACACGUAGCCUGCACCUGUAGUGUAAAGAAAUCCAAGGCGUCGGAUACGUCGUGUCAUGAGUUCUGGAAUAAUAGCAGCCUUAUAGAAGUACACCAGGCCCUGAAGUAUGUCUUUCCAAAUUUCUGCGUCAAAAUAUAUACGUUCCACUGAUAUGCAGUCUUGCAGGUCAGCAUGAUCUGUGAAGACUACAAAGUCGCACCAUGGCUUCUUCGCGACUCCCAUCUGUCCUUGUACUUGGUAGUAAUAAUAAUGGUCUUUCUUCAGGGUGACCUCACCAUUAGUUACUGCCAAGUAAAAACCUUUGUCAGCGCAGGCGUCGACAACUCUUUGGCCAGCUUUCGAAGCGGGGCACUUCACUUCUAGAAGGCCAUCCUCACUGCCAUCUCUCACCAGGCGAUCGGGCGAUGCGGCGAUGAAAGAAUGCAAUUCAUGAAUAUGUAAUCCUGUUUCCAGGACAUCUAUAUUUUUGUCAUAUAGCUGCAUGAAUUCUAGAUAUUUUUGAACUGCUUUUGCUUCAUUUUGUAUUCCGUAGAGCCUGGGGUCACCACUCUUCAUUAUUUCUUUGCGAGGAUAAAGUAUUUCUUUAACAAGCCCUUCUGGCUUCAGGCAGUGCAGUAUUCUGCGGAACUUUGAAGCAGUUAGCUUCCCGGUUCUUUCUGUGAACCAUAGAGGGUUCUUAUCCUGGCCUACAGUCUUUGCACAGAUAUCUGCCCUCUCGGUAGCUGUGAGCGACACCUGCUCCUUGAAAUAUUCAUCGAUCAAUGUGAGGCACUUCUGCGAAUUCAUGUCCUCUGUGUCGUUGAUGGGGCUCGCAUUUCUCACUGGUGCUGGCCUCUCUGUGUAACGGUUCCACACCAGCUCAGGUGCAUGUGUUGCAAUCGCACUCCUGAACUUCAACAGCCCAGCCUGCCCAGCUGUUCUCAAAUGAGGAGGAAGUUGUCGCUUAGCCUUAACGGGCACCGUCUUGUUAAUCACAUGUUUCUUAAAUGUGAUGUCCACCAAGGGUUUGGUCAGCAAAUGGUUUUGUCCUGAAAAUAACAAAAUGCGGGGACUUGUAUACAGUUCAUACACAUGUUUUAUAAAGCUUACUGGCCAAGAUCUAUUUUGACAUUUGAUUACGCAUGCGGUUAUUUUGCACUAAUGAUGGACACUGCAAACUCCUGUGAAUCCGAUCAGCAUGCUAGCUCACCUCUUUUCAAAUACAGUGUUUCUCUAUCAGCAUGCUUACAUUCUACAUUAAGGUACCAUUACAAGGAAGAGUGUAGAUACCAGACCAAAGCUCCUUUUGAAGUCAUUUGUCACAUCGUCUUGUGUUCUACCACAUACGUCCCUCCUUAUUCUGUUCGCUGCAUUUUACCUGAUUAACUUGAACUGUGUUCUGAAUAAAAACAUUCACCUUA